AGUAAGGCUAAGGUUACCUGGGGAAGAGCGCUCUCAGGAUGUCCCCAUGGUUGUGGGAACUCUCCCGCUUAAUUUGUUAGGACUUGAUAUGUUGAAGGGCAAAAGUUGGACAGAUGAUAAAGGGAGAGAGUGGAUGUUUGGUGUCCCUUCCCUAAAUAUCCGUUUAUUACAGACAGCACCACCACUCCCACCCUCCAAUUUGACCUGUGUUAAACCUUACCCUUUACCUCUAGGAGCACGUAGUGGUAUUAGCCCAGUGCUGGCAGAAUUAAAAGAACAGGGAAUUGUGAUACCCACCCAUUCCCCUUUUAAUUCCCCUGUGUGGCCUGUUAGGAAACCAAAUGGCAAAUGGAGAUUGACUAUUGAUUAUUGUAGACUGAAUGCUAACACUGGACCACUAACUGCAGCAGUGCCUAACAUUUCUGAAUUAAUAGCAGCUAUCCAAGAGCAAGCUCACCCUUUUAUGGCCACCAUUGAUGUUAAAGAUAUGUUCUUUAUGGUUCCCCUACAUCCCGAUGAUCAACUCCGUUUUGCUUUUACAUGGGAGGGCCAGCAGUAUACCUUUACCCGCCUUCCUCAGGGGUUCAAGCACUCCCCAACUUUGGCUCAUCAUGCCCUGGCAAAAGAACUUGAACAGAUCCCCUUGGAGGAGGGGGUUAGGCUUUAUCAAUACAUUGAUGAUAUCCUCAUAGGAGGUGAUCAUUUGACACCAGUAAAAAUAAUGCAUGACAAAAUAAUCAAACGACUAGAGGAGCUGGGAUUGACGAUUCCCCCAGACAAAAUCCAGUCCCCAGCUGCUGAGGUAAAAUUCUUGGGCAUCUGGUGGAAGGGUGGUAUGGCCUGCAUUCCACAGGAUACCCUCUCAGCUUUAGACCAACUCAAAAUGCCAGAGAAUAAGAAGGAAUUACAGCAUGCUCUUGGACUUUUAGUGUUCUGGAGAAAACACAUCCCUGAUUUUUCUAUUAUUGCCCGUCCAUUGUAUGACUUGUUGCGAAAGGGAGUAUCAUGGGGAUGGACCCCUGUUCAUGAAGAAGCCUUGCAGCUUCUAAUCUUUGAAGCUAUCACCCACCAGUCCUUAGGUCCUAUCCAUCCCUCUGACCCUGUACAGAUAGAAUGGGGAUUUGCUCACUCAGGAUUGUCUAUACAUCUUUGGCAAAAGGGCCCAGAAGGUCCCAUUAGACCUAUUGGAUUCUAUUCCCGCAGCUUUAAAGACGCAGAGAAACGAUACUCUCAAUUGGAGAAGGGGCUAUUUGUUGUUAGUCUAGCCCUGCGAGAAGCUGAGCAAACUAUAUGACAGCAGCCCAUAAUACUGAGAGGCCCAUUUAAGGUUAUCAAGUCUGUGAUGUCUGGCACCUCUCCCCCUGACGGGGUGGCACAGCGAGCUUCUGUCCGAAAGUGGUAUGCUCAAAUUGAACAUUAUUGUAAUAUCUUUAAAGUCACAGAGGGUGCCCCGAAAACACUUGCCAUCCAGGAUGAUAUUCUGUCUACCACUGAUACUGACCUUCCCUCUGUUGUCCAGGUUGCUCCCCCAUAUUCAGACCAGUUACAAAAUGUCUGGUUCACAGAUGCCUCCUCCAAGCGUGAAGGAAAAGUAUGGAAGUAUCGGGCAGUGGCCCUACAGAUAGGGACUGACCUCACUAUUAUCACUGAGGGGGAGGGGAGCGCUCAGGUUGGGGAGCUAGUAGCAGUAUGGAGUGUGUUCCAACACGAAUCAGAGUCCACUACACGUGUGCAUAUUUAUACUGACUCGUAUGCCGUCUUCAAAGGCUGCACAGAGUGGCUUCCCUUUUGGGAGAAAAAUAACUGGGAAGUUAACCGUAUCCCAGUGUGGCAAAAGGAAAAAUGGCAGGACAUUAUCUCUAUUGCUAAAAAGGGACAAUUUUCUGUUGCAUGGGUUGCAGCACACCAGGAGGAUGGGACCCCUGUUAGUCAUUGGAACAACAGAGCAGAUGAACUUGCUAGGAUUGCUCCACUGAGACAAGGAGAACCGGACAGUGACAACUGGGAGAGACUUGUGGAGUGGUUGCAUGUAAAAAGAGGGCAUACAGGUGCUCUUGAUCUCUACCGUGAGACCCAAGCCCGUGGCUGGCCUGUUACCAGGGAACAGUGCCGCACUUGCAUUUCUGCUUGCGACCUAUGCCGCACCCAUCUGGGCCAACACCCCUUACAGGAUGCUCCUCUCCAUUUAAGGGAGGGAAAGCACCUAUGGGAAACAUGGCAGAUUGAUUACAUUGGCCCCUUCCGUAAAUCUGAAGGUAAACAGUAUGUGCUAGUAGGUGUAGAAAUAAUCUCUGGCCUACUUCAGGCUGAAUCUUGCCCUCGAGCAACAGGGGAAAACACUGUAAAGGCACUAAAGAAAUGGUUUAGCAUUCUUCCAAAACCCACUUCCAUCCAAUCAGAUAACGGCUCUCAUUUCACCUCAGGGGUAGUUCAAGAAUGGGCCAGGGAGGAAGGCAUUCAUUGGAUCUUUCACACCCCCUACUACCCGCAGGCUAAUGGCAUUGUGGAACGAUCCAAUGGCCUCCUUAAGAAAUUUCUGAAAACGGAAAAAACCAAUUGGUCCACCCGCACCUCUGAUGCGGUCAGAAGGGUAAAUGAUCGCUGGGGAAUUAAUGGCUGUCCUCGAUUCAACGCUUUCUACCCCAAGGCCCCGCCACUUCUCCCAAUUACUCUUAAUCCAGAUAAGUUAGAAGAACCAUCUUAUUCCCCUGGCCAACCUGUGUUGGUCGACUUGCCUCAUGUAGGGCCAGUACCCCUGACUCUAAUGGAAUCUCUUAACAAAUAUACUUGGAGGGCCAAGGACGCCCGGGAAAAGGAAUAUAAGAUUAACGCUCGCUGGAUUAUUCCCUCAUUUUAACCAUAUUAACAAAGCCCAAGAGGGCAAGUCGAUGUUUUGUUUUGUUUUACAGAAGACCUUCGUGGGACUCUAGUUGAACACAGUAGCAGCAGAUCUUAAUUAUUGGUGUUUUGGUGAUUAUCUAUGCAACACUCGGGUAAAACGUUAUUUUUGUUAAUCUGGGCUGUGACCUCUGUAACAGUCAGUCAUCCCCUUACAGAUGCUGGGGGUGGGGAAAAUGGUAUAAAAAACUCUUUUUUUCAACUGGCUGAGCAAGGAGCCAAUGUCUAUAACUUAACUAAUUGUUGGGUCUGUGGAGGACCCAUGGGACUUGAAACUUGGCCCUGGGUGUCCACCCCUAUUGCCCCUAAAUGGCUUGCAAGCAACUACAGUGAAGCUAACCCCAGUACCCACUGAGAAGAUAAGAAUAUGUCUCCAUGGCCAGUACAAUAUCCUGCUAUGGGAAUGUAUUGUCUGAAUCGUACACAACCUGGUGGUAUCUAUGUUGGGACUAGCAAUUGUACUUGGGUUUAUCGUAAAGGGACUCAUGGAAUAGUACCACAGAUAAGGGAUGAUCAGUGGGGAUGGUACAAUCAGUCGGGAAUGAGACACAGGUUUUCUCAUUUUUGGUCCUCCACCAACAACACUCUGUUUACUGAAGCUGGAGGGAAGAAAUGUAUAUGGAGGCCUGAUGCGGGAGCUUGGAAAUGUAAGUGGUGUAAGGAUGAAAGUAUAACUGGUAACGGCUGGAACUGCAAUGUGUUAGGACAUCCUUUUGGACCUCUCAACACCACAUACUUUCAAGCUAAGGAACAUGUAAACGAAUUAACCAACAAAUGGAAUGGACCUUUCGAAAAUGGCUCAGUAGCGUUAAAGGGACAUUACUGGAUUUGUGGUCAUUAUGCGUAUAAACGACUACCUGCAAAUUGAACUGGGGUAUGUUAUGUUGGAGUAAUCCGCCCGAUGUUCUUUUUGCUCCCAGGAAAGGAUGGCAGUGAAUUAGGUGUCAGAGUAUAUGAUGAUCUGAACCGACACAGGAGGUCUAUUGACACUUCCCUAACACGUGGUAGUGGCCAAACUUGGGGCAAAGAUGACUGGCCCCCUCAACGUAUAAUCAAACACUACGGGCCAGCUACCUGGAACCCCAAUGAAUGGAUUAGUGGUGCUCAAGAGCCCAUCUAUAACCUAAACCGUAUUAUCCGAUUACAAGCCAUCCUUGAAAUCAUUACUAAUGAAACAGCCUAUGCCCUUGAUCUCCUUGCAGAUCAAGCCUCACAGAUGCGGGCGGCAAUACUCCAGCAUCGCAUUGUUCUGGACUACCUGUUAGCUGAAGAAGGGGGUGUCUGUGGCAAAUUAAAUGAUUCUACUUGCUGUCUAAAAAUUGAUGAUAAUGGUAAAGUAGUUAAACAAAUUGCUCAAGGUAUACGGAAAAUAGCCCAUGUUCCCGUCCAAACAUGGAAAAGCCCAGACCUCGAUCUCUUUUCCUGGCUCCCAGGUGGCCCAUGGGUAAAACGCAUCUUGUUUUAUUUAUUGUGUGCUGUUGUAACUCUCAUGUUUGUCCCUUGCAUGAUACCAUGUUUCAUUCAACUGAUACAGCGUGUUGUUUCUUCUAUGUACUUUGUAACCUCCUCUACUGAGGGGGAUGUCAAGCACAUUAGGGGAACGUUUGUAACCAAGACUAAGAAAUCUUUUGUAACGAUUGUAUAAAACAUUU